AUGAAUGAUCUUAAGGUUGAUGGAAUCCUCGAGCUUCGAAUAGUUACUAAAGCAGUUCAUUUGAUUGAGACAUCAAAUGUACCCAUUCUAGCAAUUAAUAUUGAUGGUCUCAUAAAUGGCUGGAAUAUGAAAAUUGCUGAAUUAAAUAGCCUUUCGGUUGAUGAAGUCAUAGGGAGGCAUUUUCUUACUCUUGCCAAGGAGUCUUCUGUUGAAGCAAUGAUGAAGAUGUUUUCUUUAGCAUCGCAAGAAAAGGAGCAGCAAAAUUUUGAAUUUCAUUUUAAAUUUUUUGGUCUUCGAAUAGAUGAUGGCCCAAUUAUUCUGGUUGUGAAUGCUCGCGCUAACCAGGAUAUCCAUGAUUUUGUCAUAGGCACAUAUCAUUCAACAUACAAGUUGAGUGGAUUAAAGCAACUGCGGGAUGCCUUAGCACUUGGAUCUCAACUACAAAAAUCCUCUGUAAAAAGAGAUGCAUGUUUUGUGGGGGAUCGUGCUUUGAGAAUUUUGAAAUACUACGUGGUAGAACAUCAGCUCAAACAGACUAUGAGGAAGAUGCAAAUGAUGCUUCAAUUUUGA